AUGAAUGGUCAGCUUUGGUGCACGUUCCAUGAGAAACCUCUGGUGAAGGGAGCCUGCCAGAAGACUCUUGCUGCCCUGAAACUGGAUUACUUGGAUCUCUACCUCAUCCACUGGCCUUUUGGAUUUAAGGCAGGGGAGGAGCUGUUUCCCACAGAUGACAAAGGCAUGUCUGUACCCAGCAACACAGAUCUGCUACACACGUGGGAGGCCAUGGAAGAGCUGGUGGAUGCUGGUCUGGUAAAAGCCAUUGGAAUCUCCAACUUCAACCACGAGCAGAUUGAGAGAAUCUUGAACAAGCCGGGACUGAAAUACAAGCCUGCAAAUAACCAGAUUGAAUGCCAUCCAUACCUUACCCAGGAGAAGCUGAUCAACUAUUGCCAAUCUAAAGGGAUUGCUGUGACAGCAUAUUGUCCCCUUGGACGCCCUGACAGAAGUACACCAGAGGAGCCGACCCUUCUGGAUGACCCCAAGAUUAAAGAGAUCGCAGCCAAGCACAACAAAACCCCAGCACAGGUUGUCCUUCGGUUUCAGAUCCAGAGAAAUGUGAUUGCCAUUCCCAAGUCUGUCACACCACAGCGUAUUGUGGAGAACUUCAAGGUGUUUGACUUUGAAUUGACCAAAGAGGAGAUGGCAACAAUUUUGAGCUUAAACAGAAACUGGAGAAUCUGUGAAAUGAUCACGUGCAAAACUCACAAGGAAUACCCUUUCAAUGUGGAAUACUGAGGACAGCUUUCUCCUGCCUUCCUCCAGACCUCUGGGGUCUAAUGAGCUUCUACUGUGGCCUGGAGCUGUCCACUAUGUAGCUUGCAAACUGUAUCUGUCCUGCUGCUGCUAGCAAAGAUGCAGUAUACAUACCUAAGUGAC